CUUGGACGAUCACUUCAAGAUUGUCCAUCAUGAAACUUACUCUGAUUCUGGGCUGUGUAGUGGUGUCUACCCUGGCUGCGGCCUCAGGACACACAUUUAAUUCAACACUGGAUGAAGACUGGAAGAACUGGAAAUCACAGCAUGGGAAGCAGUACACCAAGGAUGAAGAGAACUACAGGAGAAUGAUAUGGGAGGACAAUAUGAAAUUCAUUGAACAACACAACCUGGAGUACUCGAUGGGAAAACACACAUUUACUGUGGGAAUGAACCAAUUAGGCGAUAUGACCAAUGAAGAGUUUAAUGAAAUCAUGAACGGAUUCCGGCCAGCAGAUGCUGAUAACGCAAAUGAAGUUGAUGAAUUUGAUGAUGACAUAGAUGAUGAGGAAUCUAAUGAAGAUGAAAGUAAUGAUGAAAAGCCAGUCGACUGGCGUGAAAAAGGAUUUGUCACUCCAGUGAAAAACCAGGGACAGUGCGGUUCAUGCUGGGCUUUCAGUGCAACUGGAGCCAUCGAAGGACAGUGGUUUGAAAGAACCAAUCAACUCAUUUCUCUUAGUGAACAGAAUCUAGUUGACUGCAGCAGGGAUUAUAGAAAUCAUGGAUGUAGCGGUGGAUGGAUGUCAAACGCAUUUGAUUAUGUAAUCGCUAAUCAUGGCAUCAAUUCUGCAGCAGAUUAUCCUUACGUUGCAUCGGACGAAAGCUGCAAAUUUAUGCCAAACAAGACCGCUGCCAUGAUCAGACAUUAUGCUCAUGUCAUAAGAAACGAAAAAUAUUUAGCAAAAGCAGUAUCAAGAAUUGGACCAAUAUCCGUUGCUAUUGAUGCAAGCCAGAGAGGUUUCCAGUUGUAUCGCACUGGAAUUUAUCGUAAUCAAAAUUGCUCGAGACGUAUUCCAAACCAUGCAGUGCUGGUGGUCGGAUUUGGAGUAGACGGUAGACAGAAGUAUUGGCUGGUUAAAAACAGCUGGGGAAAAGGUUGGGGUGAUGAAGGUUACAUCAAAAUGGCUAAGGAUUUUCGGAAUAUGUGUGCAAUUGCUAGUUAUGCGGUUUAUCCAAUCGUCUAAAGAGCCACGUGUUAAACCAGAGCUUCAUUGAACUCUGCCUAAAUGAUGGAACCAAUGCUGCUGAUGCUGCCUCAUUGACACCAUUGCUUUCACUGUCUGCUGCAAUUUGAAAAAGUGGAAUAAUAACAGCUUCUGCACAUUUCUAUAGCUUCUCAUAAAGGCCAAUGUUAUUUUGUGUUUGAUACAUGUAACCACAGUAAUGUCUGAGUGACUAUGUUCUCCACCUUGUGGAGAGACAAUGAUCUGCAUGUACCGCUGAUGUCGAGCAAUAUAGUAAACACUGCCAGUAAUCACUU